GUGUGUCUCCUGUCUGUCAUACGUGUGUUAGUGUGAUUCAGGGUCUCCACACAUUGUGAGCAUAGCAGAGAUCCUUCGAGCUGCCUGCUCAUGUCUAACUUUAUUGCAGGAGCCUGAAGCCUGUGUGAAGUGGGCUUCUUUCUGUCUCUCACCCCCCCCUCCCCUUGCAGCUGAGAAGAGGGGGUUGACCAAUUGCCAGCAGCUGUUGCUCAUUUCACAAUGGUCCCGCCCAUACAGUGCCGAGACUGGCAGUGCUGCUUCACACACUAGAUGAGCAGCAGCAGCAGCAGAGCUCCCAACUUAGAGGAAUAUGUCUACAACCAUCAUGAAGGACAGACUGAGACCACAGAGCACAGAGGAUUUUCUACCGUUGUGCUGAGAGAAGCCCAGAGUGGAGCCCAGAUCCUGUUGUGGGCUAAUUAAAUCCCCAGCAUAACACCACUGACUCCCACCCCGCCUUCCCCUUCCCCUGGUUCACCGGAGAAAAAAAAACAUCGUCUGACUCUUCACCCUCCAUCCUCUGCCUCCUCAUGUUCCUUCAGACGGAGAGGAGGGCAGUGCAAGCACACACAGCCUGCCGGCCGCCGCACACUUCCUGACGGGCGAUGGCGCUCCGGAGGAAGCUGGCGCUCAGCGUGUUGACCGUCAGCUCCCUGCUGUUUUUCUACAUCCUGUGUAUGUACCUGGAGAAUCAUCUGUCCAUAGAGCCUCUGAAACAUUGCCAUGGCUCCACACAGAGACCGAGCAGCAGCUCACAAAACUCUACGGAGCCUCUGGACAGACAGAGCAACAGUGACCAGUCGAGCCACCUGCCCCCCACCUCCAUCCUUCCCCCAGAGCUCUUCUCUGGAACAGUUCUGCAUGAGCACCCACAGACUCCCACUCCAAAGACUCAAACAGUCACAGCUGCUAAACACAAACCAGCAGAGAACAAUUCCCUGGACAAGGUAAAGACAACAGAGCCUCCCUACAUCGGAGACACUUACAUGAGUGAAGACAUCCGACCACAAACGAACUGCCCCGACGGUAUCCGAAGUCGGGUCACCAAAACAGAAUGGAGCGGACGGUUUCGGAGAGACGUUCCUGUCCUGCAGUGGUCCAAACACGUCACUCAUGAACAGCACAAGCGCCUGAGCCACUACCCAGGAGCACAUGGCUGGGGCGGGAUAGAAUACAAGACAUUGGAGGAAACUCUGUCUGUCCUCAACUCUUCUGCUAACUGGCAGCUGCUUGACGACUGGAAAGAUCGCAGGAAUGAAUCCGAGUGCAUCCGCUGCGCCGUGGUGGGGAACGGAGGGAUCCUGAAGGACUCAAAGAAAGGGAAGGAGAUCGACAGUCAUCACUACGUCUUCAGGAGCAAUGGGGCAAUCAUUAAGGGCUUUGAGCAGGACGUGGGGUCUCGGACCACCCACUACACCUUCUCCACCAACACACUGAUGAACUCCAUGAGGAGCUAUGCUCGCGCCGGCUUUAAAGGACCACCUUGGUCUAAAGAAACACGCUAUGUGUUCCUGCCAGAUCACGGCCGUGAUUACCUGCUGAUGAAGGCUGCAGUGACACACACUCCGGUGAACCAAGGACCUGAGAAAGGCAAAGAUCCAUCCAUGUACUUUGGACAGGACGUGUCGGCAGAAAAGCUAAAGAUGUACCACCCCGAUUUCAUCCGUUACCUCCGAAACAGAUUCCUUCGUUCUAAAGCUCUGAAAACCAAAUAUAAGGACAUUUACCGUCCGUCAACAGGCGCUGUGAUGCUGUUGGCUGCACUGCAUACUUGCGACCAGGUGAGUGCGUACGGCUUCAUGACCCCAGACUAUAAGAACUACUCUGACCACUACUACGACAAAACCUACCACGGAGUGGGCUUCUUCAUCAACCAUGACCUGCGGAUGGAAAUGACUCUGUGGCAGCAGCUGCACCAGGAGGGGCUCAUACGACUCUACAUGCACAAGGACUUUGGGUCGAACCAGAAAUGAUGUCAUCCCGUCUAUCUGCACACGAGUUACCAGCACAGUACUGAAGGGAAACAGAUGGACGACUUUUCCUUCCUUGGCUCAAAAUGACUCUGAACUGAGCAAAAACAAAUUAAAUUAGAUUUUUUCACUCAAUGUUUGUGGUCCGCUUUGAUCCAGACUGAAAUAAUUCUACAAACAUUGGACGCAUCAUGAUUAAAUUUGGUACAAAUAUGCAAUGUCCUCAGAGGAUGAAUCCUUAUGACUUUGACGAUUUCCUGAUUUUUUUAUUUAUUUUUUUUAAUUUAUUUUUUUGUCCAACACUUUAUGAGGGAAGGGCGUUGUCCGUUUCUUUGCACCACUUCUCACUUAUCUCACUUGUGUCUUAGUUCCAGAGAAUGAAAGAAACAUGUAUUGGAAAAUGAGUCAGCCCUGCUCUAGUAAAACAAAUAGAAGUGUUAUCAGUAGAUAACAAAUCUCCAGGUCUCCUGAGGACUUCCAAUGAUUCUUUGGGAUUUUAUUUCUUUAUUCUUUUUAUCUGAACAGAUGUAGGUAUUUUAUUUACCACCUCCAAUUCAUUUUAAUGACUGCAGAGGAUCAAAAACAAACUUUGGGCUUGAACUUUAAUUCACAUUAAUAGAUUGUCUUGUUAUGCGAGUGUUUUGGCAUCACAGCGCUGCUAGCGAGACUGCAAGAUGACAAGGUUGCAUCCAACAACAUUUAAAGGUUUUUAAAGUGUUGUUUACACGCUACUACAAACUUAAAGAGUGAUUAAAAUGUUGUUACUCUUCGCCCAAAUUUAGCAAAUCACCAAAACCGUGUUUACGAGGACGAGUUCAGAGCGUAUCAUACAAUCAGUAUCUGGCUGAGUUAAGAGUCGUUUCUUGUUACCGUGCGAUACAGUGUGUUGACAAGGGACAAGACUGCAAAUGAGUUGGCCACUUGCUUAAAAUAUCCUGUCUCCCCGUCCUAAAUAGACGGUCAGAGCGCUGCUGGCAGUGGCCAAGGUCUAUUUUGACAUUUACUAUAUAUGUUCUCUGUGUACGUGUGUGUCUGUGUGUGUUUGACUGGGACUAAAGAGCUCAUUGUGACACAUAUUGGAACCUGAAAGUGUAUUUAGUUUAAGGGAUUUAAUUUAUUUUUUUCAUUGUUCUUACGGUUUUUUAUGGUCACAAGUGUACUUUCUUUUCAAGUUUUUUAUCAAGGUGACACACUGUGAUGAUAAGGACACUGUGUGGGCUCUACUCGACUUUUAGUGCCUUUAUUUUUAAAUGUGAAUCAGUUAGUUUGGAUGAAGCAUUGUGGCUGAGGACGUUUCCACAACAACAAAAACGAGGACGGUGGCAUUUUCACUCUGUUUGAAUUUCGGCACGGUUGCCGAGGACCGCUCUUGUGGAAUCUGCUUCGUCAGCCGCCACACGUGGACUCCUCUGAGCCGUGGCGAUUAAAGUUUAUUAAUAUUUAUUGUUGCCACUCACCUCAGACUGGACUGAGGCAUCACAUCCUCACAUGAUUAAACCGAUACUUUUAAGUGUAUUAACAGCAAAGACAACAUACUGUAGGUCUGAGAUGGAGGGAAGAGAAAAUCAACCAAAGACAAAUCAGGGAA